GCCUUAGCCCAACCCAUACGCCAUGGAUCCAACGACGCCUGAAGUUGCGGGAGUCAGGCCGAAGUUGCUUCUGGCUGUUGGGGAGAUUCACGAGGUCCAAGGCAGCGGAAAGGACAAGUGGAAGAUUCGAAGAUGUGAGGACGGUUACUACUCGUGCAGCUGUGGGGCAUGGAAAUAUGCCAAGAGCCCCUCUCCGUACAACCGAACUUGCAGGCACUUAGGCACAGUGUUGGGUGUUGAUUAUGAGACUGCUCGCGUGAAAUGGGGGGAGGCACGCAUCAAGGCAAGAUCGACUUCUCCAACCACUCCCCUCUCGCAGCCGUCGGCGACGCAAAAGCGCCCACAUGUCGAUCAGGGCGGAUCUUCUGUGCCAGCGGCGUCGCAAGAUGAGUCGGAUUAUGGCAAGCUCAUGGAUGCCAAAGCCUGGCCGCCGCCACAGGGUUCCUCAUCCAAGAUUGAUGUUGAUCCCUGGACAGGUCAUAGCACCUUCAACGGCAGGGCAUUGCGCAAGGGCUUCGAUGCCGAAAGCGCUGUGUCCAUGAUGCUGUCGGAGACAUGGGACCUGGGCUCGAUGGAUCCGGCAGGCUGGUGGAUGUCUGAGAAGCUGGACGGGUGCCGUGCCUAUUGGACCGGUGACAGGCUCAUCUCCCGCAGUAACAAGGAAUGGGAGGCUCCUGGCUGGUUCCUGGACAAACUGCCCAAAGGCUUCGCUCUGGACGGGGAACUUUGGCGAGAGAGGGACGGCUUCGAGGAGCUGUCUGGUAUUUGCCGUCGACGUGAUCACGAAGGGUGGAGGACCGUCAGCUUCUUCGUCUUCGACGCUCCUGACUUACCUCUUCCCUAUGAAGAAAGACUUCGCUCCGCUCGCGCUAGGGUGCCCGACGGGGAGAUGAGUCCGGAUGAAGCUCUGCGAGGCAAAUUCGGCGGUCGAAUAGCGACCUUGCCCAUGACGAAUUGUACGGGCAGAGCUCAUCUCGAGACUUUCCUAGGCGAAAUACAGGACCUGGGUGGGGAAGGGGUGAUGCUGCGCCGGCAACAUUCUCCAUACGAGAGGGGGCGCUCUUCCCACAGCCGGAAGGUCAAAGUCUGGUACGACGCCGAAGCGCAGGUCGUGAGGCACGUACCGGGGGAUGGCCGAUACAAGGGGCAGAUGGGCUCUCUGGCCUUGCUCAUGGAGUGCGGCACGAUCUUUACCUGUGGCUCCGGCUUGACGGAUGCGAUGCGCCGCGAUUGGCAGCCUCCAAAGGGGACGAUCGUGCGAUAUCGCUUCCACGAGAUGACUCAAGACGGCUGUCCGCGCUUUCCCAUCUACGUUGGCAUCUGCCACGACAGGGACCGCCCCCAAGAUGCUGUCGUCAAAUCGGCAGGAAUUCGGUUGGCCAAGAGGGCGCGCAUAGAUGAGCAAAGUCCCCACCGCUUCGCGAGUCUAGAGACAACGCACAACAAAGGCGAAGGAAGCUCGAGGUAGAGGACGCUGUGGUUGAUGGGAGGAGGUGAUCAAGGCUGUGGGCAUUGAAAGCAUUUGUACAGUAGAUGUAGAGUUCAUCAUCAAGAUUCCGAACAUGAUACCCAUUCCAAUUCAUUCGCUUC